AUGAAGAUGGAUGACAAAAGAUUCAAGUUGCUACUAGGAGUCCAUUAUUUAGGGUCAACAAGUAAGCAAUCACAAUCAUUCAUAGACUACUUUGCCUCCUCCACUAAAGCAUCAACCAUAAAAAGAUGUGUCCAGACUCAAACAUCCACCUAGGAUUGUACCCAAAAUGACUAUUCUAUACAAUCUCCUUAAAUUACUAAGGUACUUAUUCUCACAUCAUCCUUCUAGAAAGUCAAGACAACAGCUGAUAGUACUCAAAAUACAUACGAAGAUGACUUUUACUGUCAUGAGAAUCUAAAAAUAGAGGAAUCUAUACAAUUGCCUAUCACUUUCACCAAUCGAAACAGCGGCAUUCCAAAUUAAAAAUAGUUCUAUUACAUUAACCCACUCUACAUUUAAGAAUUCAAAGAAAAAGAGUAUAACUAUAAAACUAGAGCCCUAAUACUGAAUCGAAUCCUUGACAAUUGCAUUAACAUGAACAAUCCUUACUUUCACAAAGCCAUUUACCUAUUUGAUCUAUUUCUAAGUAAACUCAAAUGCAAGACCAUCUCCAAUCAAUAGUAAUUACGAUUUCUGUCUUUGGCUAUAAUAUUUGUGAUAACUAAAAUGAAUGCAGAAAGUUCUAAUGUCAACCUUUUACUCUCCUAAUCAUCACUCAACAUGAACAAACAAUAACUACUAUAGUAUGAAAGACUCAUCCUUAAAGUAUUGGAUUGGCAUACGAACCCACUAACAUUACAAGACAUAUUUUAUGAAGUUAUUUUGCGAUUUCAGGUAGCCUUUCCAAACUUGAAUGCAUACAUGUCUAAUGAAAAAUUAAAUCUUAAAAUCUAAAUUAAUGAAAGUGACAUGAAAGUUAUCAAUCAAAUCCUGAAUGUCAUCGUGUUGGAUCACAAUUACCUUAGUCAUGACUUUGAUGAUCUUUCAUUUUCCAUCUUGUAUGUGAUGUACCAAAAGGAACUCAAAGAAAAUGAAUUCGAAGAUUUUCUGAAAAAUCAUGAGAAGUCAAAGUCACAAAUCCUAACAUCAAUUAAAUUUGUAUCCAAAUUUAUUAGAGUUGUUUAAUAAUUGAAUGAGAAAUAGUUAGACAUAAAUUCAUUAGAAAUACUCAAGCUAGUUUGUGAUUGA